AUGGAUCCUAAUCAUUUUCAUUAUCAACAAGCUAUGUUCAAUUUCAUGCAAAAUUAUCAAAAUCCUAAUCCUCAAAAUUCUCAAAUUCCACCGAUGCCACCAUUUUCUACUCAAGUUUCACCAUUUUCUACUCAACCAUUUUCUACUCAAGUUCCACCAUUUUCUACUCAAGUUGGCACUGAAAAAGAAGAAAGGGUUGUUGUUAAAAAAAAAUCUCGAGAGCACUUUACAAGGGAUGAGGAUAUACUACUUAUCCAAUCAUGGCUCAAUGUUUCAAAGGAUCCAAUUGUGGGAGUUGAUCAAAAGGCUGAGAGUUUUUGGGUAAGAGUCGCUGCCAAUUAUAAUGAGUAUCGUGGGCAAUCGCGGGAAAAGUUAAAGGGACAAUUAAAGUGCCGAUGGCAUCGAAUAAAUAGCUUGGUUCAAAAAUUUGUUGGGUGUUACAAACAAGCUGUUAAUGGAAAGAAAAGUGGGACAACGGAGAACGAUAUCAUGGCCGCUGCAAAUGCAUUGUUUGCUCAGGAUCAAGGUACAACAUUCAAUCUUGAGUACGCAUGGCGAUUGUUAAAAGAUGAACCUAAAUGGAUGGGAGAAUCGAUUGGAAGUUCUUCAAAAAUAACAAAGACUUAUGCUAGUGAGGCAUCAUCAGAUAACCCAGAUACACCUUCAAGUUAUGAGUUUAACUCAUCAUCACCAAUGGAGCGUCCAAUGGGACAAAAAGCAGCAAAAAGGAAGGGUAAGGCAAAGGAAAUUCCAAAUGCAACGCAAGAUGCAAGGAAUAAAAUAUUAGUGUUAAUGGAAAGACUAGCGCAAAGUAAGGAGGACGAGAUAGAAUUAAAGGUAGUGCAACUAAUGAUGAAAGACAUUUCUACUAUGAGCGAUAGUCAACGAGAUAUUCAUGAAAAAUAUUGUAAUAAGAUGAAAAAAAAUAUGGAAUGUAGUUAG